AUGACUCCUCCCUUUGCCGCCUUCAAUCGUUCUCGACCACACAGCGUCUGGUCAGAAUUCGGCCGAAGGCAGUUCUAUUGCCUCCUGCGCGACUGCCGCAGAAGAAGGCCAAAAAAGUCCAAGCUCCUGGAUCCUUCCAAGUACACAACACGCUUCAUAGCAUUCAAGCUUGCAUACGUUGGCACGAACUACAACGGCUUCGAAGACCAGUCGUCAGGCAGCCUAUCAACCCUCAAGGAGGAGCUGUGGAAGGCCCUCGCAGGUGGUAUAUCUACAGCAGAGGGCAGUAAGAGUGACAGAAAGGAUGCCAUAUUGACCGAGGAGCCGCUACCAGAAGAACCACAGAAGGAAGACAACAAUACACUGUUUCCUGUGGAGCAAGAGAUUCAGUGCUACAGGGUGCUCAACAGCGUCCUGUCCCCCGACAUCAAGGCCUACGCGUUGUCCGAACCCGCCGCCUGA